GGAAGUACAGAAGCACCGAUCAAAGCCGACCAAGUGAUUCCCGUGCUCCUCCUGACCGAAGAAGAGCUCAACGGCACACCAGAUCAAAUCGGCCAGCUUCUCCAGUACUACGUCGAUACAGACGAUGUAUGCUCGCCCAGUUUCACGGACAUUCUUGUUGAAAAGCCAUCAAAAAAUGGCAACAUCAGCCUGUUUACCGAGAGAAAGGAUGACAGCUCUUGUUCAUCCAAAGCAACCUAUCGCCUACAGAAGACAAGUCUUCACACAUCCAGCACAGACAACCCCGAAGCCCAAGAUGACGAUAACCUCCCCUCAGGCCCCUACUUCCUCAGCGGCCCAAACCUCCAUCAAGCCUACCGCUUAUACCCCGACACCCAGGACGCCUUCAUCUACGGCAUGAUCCCCAACGACGUCCACAACCCCUCCGGUUUCCAAGCAGUCUCCUUCCUGGCUUCAGACAGCAUGUCCAAAACGAUUCCCGUUCCCAGCAGGCACUACACCCGCCUCACAACCCGCGGGGAAAAAAGACCAAGUCCAAUCCGGGGAAAACGUAUAACCCUAACAGACGGUCUCUCCCUCCUAGGCACACAAACCACACUCUCUUGCAAAGCCUACGUGGAUACCUACCCGCCCGCCACAGAGACUGAUGCUUAUGUUCAGAGGCUGCUAGAAGAAGGAGCGGAGUCAAGCCGCAACAACGUGAAAAAGAUCCUUUAUCUGGACUACGCCAAGGAUCAGAAAUCGGAAUACGCAAUGGAUGUGUUUGUCAAUGCACUCGAACGCCAUUUGAACGUUGAUAGGACAACUGUCAAUCUUGAUGAAGAGUGGGAGAAGUACCAGGUUAAGAGUGGCAUAUAUUUCUCUCUUAGUAAGACCGCACAAUUUCUAUACGACCUAAACCACUACCACGAAUACGCCAAGUUCCGAAAAGACUACCAAACAAAAAUCCAUUCCAGCCGCGGGCUUGUCGAUCUUGAGGCACAGGUUCUUUGGUCCUCAGCUCGUGACCACGGUUCUCUGGACGGAUGCUUGUGUUUGAGGAUCACGCAAAACCCCGGUGAAUGGCUCGGUGAUGAACAGACUUAUUCGCCUGUUGUUGCGUCGGUGAUCGGCCCACGA